CAGUCCACCUGGCGUGGACCGUCCCGACUGGCUGCCUUGGGCCGACGGAAUGAAUUGGUAUUGGGGCGGGGCAGCCCAGGGGCCAAGGGUGGCAGGGCUGGAGCCCCGGGCGGGCCUGGGGCUGGCUAUAUAAGGCCGGGCUCUGGCAGGGGAGCUCCCUUCGGCGUUGGACGGACGGCGCACCGCGGAGGUCACUGCAGGCUGCGGCUCCACAUCCCGAGGAACAGAAGCGGGCCAGCUCAGCUGUCUGCAAGGACCGGCGUUCCAGACCCAGUGGCCCGCUGCGCCGAGGACCCAGCUCGCUCCAGGUGGUGGGGACUCCCCGCCCCGAGGCCUGCGGUCCGCGAGGACCAGCGCCCCGGAACCAGUGGCCCACUGCUCCGAGGACCGAGCUCGCUCCAGGCUGCGACUCCACAUCCCCAGGUCGCUGCCUGGCGACCGGGCAGCGAGGACCGGCCACCCCAGACUUCGUGUGUCCCGCCGCCCCGAGGACAGAGCCGCGACCGCCAGGGCAGCGACGCCCGCACAGCUCCGGUGAGAUGGCGGCAGGGUCCACUACGCUGCGCGCGGUGGAGAAGCUGCAGGUGCGUCUGGCCACUAAGACGGACCCCAGAAAGCUAGAGAAAUAUUUGCAGAAACUCUCCGCCCUGCCCAUGACGGCAGACAUCCUGGCGGAGACUGGAAUCAGAAAGGCGGUGAAGCGCCUGCGGAAGCACCAGCACGUGGGCGACUUUGCCAGAGACUUAGCGGCCCGGUGGAAGAAGCUGGUGCUUGUGGACCGAAACACCGGGCCUGACCCACAGGACCCCGAGGAGAGCGCUUCCCGACAGCGCUUCGGGGAGGCUCUUCAGGACCAGGAAAAGGCCCGGGGCUUCCCAGAAAACGCGACGGCCCCCAGGAGCCCAUCUCACAGCCCUGAGCACAGACGGACAGCGCGCAGAACACCUCCGGGGCAGCAGAGACCUCACCCGAGGUCUCCCAGUCGCGAGCCCAGAGCCGAGAGGAAGCGCCCCAGAAUGGCCCCAGCUGAUUCCGGCCCCCAACGGGCCCCUCCGACGCGCACCGCUCCCCUCCCGAUGCCCGAGGGCCCUGAGCCCGUCGUGCCCGGGAAGGAACCCGGAAGAGGCCACGCUCACGCAGCUCAGGGCGGGCCUCUGCUGGGUCAAGGCUGCCAGGGCCAACUCCAGGGGGAAGCCGUGGUGAGCCACAGCGAGGGGCACGAAUCGUCCCGCUGGGCUUCGGCUCACAGAUCGCCUCCUGUGCAGGAAAGCCAGUCAGGGAGGCUGCAGGCGGCCGGCGCUGAUUCCGCCGGGCCGAAAACGGUGCCCAGCCCUGUCUUCUUAGAGCUCUGGGACCCCUCAGCGGCCUGGAUGCAGGCCAACUACGAUCUGCUGUCCGCUUUUGAGGCCAUGACCUCCCAGGCACAGCCAGAAGCACUCUCCGCGCCAACGUUCCAGGAGGAAGCUGCUUUCCCUGGACGCAGAGUGAACGCUAAGAUGCAGGUGUACUCGGGCUCCAGGCCUGCCUGCCAGCUGCAGGUGCUGACGCUGCGCCAGCAGUGCCUCCGGGUGCUUAGAAACAAUCCGGACGCCCUCGGCGACGUGGGAGGGGUCCCCUACUCGGUUCUUGAACCCGUUCUGGAAGGGUGGACGCCUGAUCAGCUGUAUCGCAGAGAGAAAGACAAUCACGCACUGGCUCGAGAGACAGAUGAAUUAUGGAGGAUUCAUUGUCUCCACGACUUCAAGGAGGAAAAGCCACAGGAGCACGAGUCUUGGCGGGAGCUGUACCUGCGGCUUCGGGACGCCCGAGAGCAGCGGCUGCGAGUAGUGACCACGAAAAUCCGAUCUGCACGUGAAAACAAACCCAGCCGCCGUCAGACAAAGAUGAUCUGUUUCAACUCUGCGGCCAAGACGCCUCAGGAUGCUUCCAGCAGGCAAGGGAAGUCCGCAGGAGCAGCUGACCCGGGAGAUGGAGGGAUCAAGCCAGCCCCCAAGCCCGCAGGAAGCAGCCAGGCUCCCUCCAGCCAGGGCGCCGGGGGGCUCGGGGACGGCGGCGGGGGCGGCAUCAUUAGCGGCGGCAGCAGCAGCAGCAGCAGCAGCAGCAGCAGCAGCAGCAGCGUCCUUCACCGGCUCCCUGAGGAGCGGGCCAACCCCUGCCAGAGCAGCAGCAAUGAGCACGGGGCGCCCGCGGCCAACACCCGGAAACAGGCUGCCAAGAAAGUGGCCCCGCUGAUGGCCAAGGCAGUUCGAGACUACAAGAGAAGAUUCUCCCGACGAUAAACUCAGGACCUGCCUUACAGAUAAAAUCUGGGGGGAGGAGGACCAAUGCAAAGUCAAUGCGGGUUGGGGAAGGAAACCUCCAAUGGGCACCAGAACCCUUGGCUUGGUGCAAACUUGAGCCUCUGAAUUCUGCAGGGGUCAAGUGCUGGCCCUGUGACUUUCGCCUCCCACACCCAGCCACUGCCUCCCUGCUUGGAGGACACCUCAGAAUUCAGAAGAUAUUCUGAACGCAUUCGAAUCAAUUCUACUUUGGUGGUUCACUGAUUGUUUUCUAAAAAACGCCCUCGUUGCAAUCAUAAAUCAGGUACAAGAUGUGACGUUCCCUUUCGUCUUCCUUUCUUGGGAAAUCAUCGAGUGCAUAAGGACUUCUUAGACACAAACUCUCAAUCCAUUAGUCGACACUGAUAACUGCGACUACGCAGAAGGUUUUGUUGCUGUUGUUGAUUUCUUUUAGAUAAAAGGCCGGGCAUGAUCCUGUAAUCGCGAGCCGUCCUCCUCUGGGAGGCCGGAGGAAAGCAGCUCGCUUGAGCCCAGGAGGUGGAGACCAGGCUGCGCCAAACGGAGAAACCCCAUCUCCA